AUGGCAUUCUCUUUCUCUGUGACGCAAAUAGUUGAUGGUUUCUUUGGUUCGCGAGUCACGAAUCAGCAACCGUCUCAUUCUACCACUUCAACAACUCCAACAGAGCGCAAAAGCUCAAUUUCUGUUAUUUUGUUUAUUGAGACUUUAGAUUCUCAAAGAAACAUAAUCGAGAAGUAUUGGUCGAUUUUAGAUGCAAAAAAGGGCUACAGAACUGGUGCAAUUCGUGACCUUCUCACAUCAGCUAUUGAAAAGAAACAAGAAUGGCAAGCCUGGGCUGCUUCGUAUCCCUUCUUGAAUCAAGUAUGGAUAAAACCACUAGUAUUGGAAGCACAAGACUCGCAGGUCGAAUUUACAGGAAGGAAAUUUCCGGGACAAAUUUAUCAAGUAAGUGAAAAAAUAAUGAACGAAAAAAAAAUAAGAUUUGUUAAUGCUAUGGUUCAUGACUCUCGAUAUUGUUUUCCUUGCGAAUUUCCUCCGCUGAUUGAUAAUGAUGAUGAUUCUACGCUUGCUACUACGCGGAAAUUGGAAAAUGGCACCUUUGUGAUCUUGAAAGAAUUCUCGUUAAAGACAAGAUUCAUCAACCAGAAUCUCUCGGAACCAUAUUUCCUCAUUAAAAAUUUUACUUUUACAUACGGAGAUAUCUUACCUAAUCAACUAAACUUGCAAGAUGCCCGUAGAAUUUUCAAGUUUUCACCAUCUAGCUAUACACCAUAUCGUUUAGAUAGUGAUUUAUGGACAUCGCCAAAGUCACUCGAUGAAUUUUUGAUUUCCUCUCUCCCGCAAGAUUCUAUUCCCAAUAAAUCUGAAAUCUCUCAAGCACCAUCAGCACGAGUAUUGAAAAGUAAAUAUCCCAAUAUUGUGUCCUUGAAGGAAUUUCUCGUGAAAACAUGGGAACUCGACUCGAAAAAAUUUGCUAGAAGUAAUGAUACAGACGAGUACAAAAAGUUCUUGAGCACGACUUUUGUUGAGUAUGAUUCAGAGUGCAAAAUAAUUACAGAUUUUUUUGUUAAAUCUCUUGAGGGAGAAUUGAUUGAUAGCUUAAGAAAGGUUGUACUCGCUGUUAUCCAUUCCCUCUUGCAACAAUACAAUCCUCAAAAUAUGAAAGAUUAUGACAUUGGAAAUAUCCUAAUGCGGGGAUACUGGACUGGAAAUGUUCAAGAUGGAAUGAUUAACCAUUAUCCAAAUACCAUUAUCGGAAAUUUAAUACAUUCUGAGAAUUGGCAAACUCUUUAUCAAAGGAUCGGAAAAUACGAAUUUGCUUCUCUGUUAAGGUGGACUUCUAUUUUUGUUUAUUUAUGUAAUGAUUGUUAUUAUCAAGUUUCAGGUAUCCCGUUUGAUACUGUUGAUCUUCAUCGGUCAAAGAAAAGAGUACAUGAAGAAAGCCUGAGCGAAUUUUCGAGAAAAAUUCCUCGAUUCGAUAUUCCCCGAUUCGAUGAAUCAUUUCAGAGUAUCGUGAGAUCACACUCAGCCAUAAUAUUUAAGCGUGAUUUUAUGUUUUGUAAGCGAGCUAUAGAAACUAGAUCAAACUACCACAACAAUUCGGAAAAUUUAGAUAUCUUGGAAAAAGUAAAACGGGGAAUAAACGGAUGUGAUUCGGAAUGGGUACUAUCGCAAAUCUUUAAAGAAGAAUUCAAAUUAACUGGUAAACCUUUCGAUGAUGGUCUUGAUUGUGAACAUGAGGAUAAUACCACUGCUCUCGAAUGUCUCCAACCUGCUUUGGCGUUAGUAAAGAAAAUAAUCACUUCACAUAAGCGAAUCCGUUACGCUGCAUAUUUGAAAAAAUUUUGUCCUGUUAAGUCCAAAAACAUAGGAUCAAGAAUUCCUAAAGAAGUAGUGACUCCUUUCGAACAAGUUUCAAACUUUGUUCAAGGAAUUCUUGAAAUGUUGAUACCUGCAGAAUUUUGGGGCUGUCAGCAUAAUCAAAAUGUGGUGUUUACUGCUGUAGAUCGGUUCGUUCGUCUCGGCAAAUUUGAAAGAAUGACGCUGCAUGAUGCUCUUCAGUGCUUCAAAAUGAAGCACUGUACAUGGAUAGAUUCCCAUGAUGUGCAGAGACGGGAGCGCAUCAUAUCUGAAUUCAUUCUUUGGAUCUUUGAUGGGCUUGUGAUCCCGCUACUUUACACAAGUUUUUACAUAACUGAUACACAGUCAGGAAAAAAUCUCAUUUUUUACUUCCGGCAAGACAUUUGGAAAGAAAUCACGGAAAUAGAAUUUGACCAAUUCAUAGAGAAAAAAUUCAAAAAAAUGUCUCAGGAAUCCACACCAUCAAACAAACAGGUUAUAGUAUCUAUGGUGCGUUUCGUGCCAAAGACAAAUGGAUAUCGACCAAUAGUCAAGAUGAAAGAUAAUUUAAUGAA